AUGAUGCUGCAGCAACAGCAACACAAGAAGCAGAUGAUGCUGCAGCAGCAACAACACAGGAAGCAGAUGAUGCUGCAGCAGCAACAACACAGGAAUGAUGCUGCAGCAGCAACAACACAGGAAGCAGAUGAUGCUGCAGCAGCAACAACACAGGAAGCAGAUGACACAGAAGAACCAAGUGAUGCUGCAGCAGCAACUACAGAAGGACCAAGUGAUGCUGCAGUAGCAGCAAUACAGGAAGCAGGUGAUGCUGCAGCAGCAACAGAACAAGAACCAAGUGAUGCCGCAGCAGCAGCAACAGCAGCAGCACCAGCACAAGAACCAGGUGAUGCUGCAGCAGCAGCAACACAAGAACCAAGUGGUGCUGCAGAACCGCGAUCACGAGCAGCUAGUGUUUCAGAAGAAGCAGCAGAAAUAGCAGCAGCUGCAGCAGAAGCAGCAGCAGCAGCAGCAGCAUCAACAGCAAGUACAGCAGGAACAGAAACACCCUCAGAAGACGAAGAUUUCUUUGAUGCAGAAGAAGGCUUCUCGGAAACAGCCAGUGGAGGCGAGGAGCCAGAUGAAACAAAAGAGAAAGAAGAAGAAACAGAAACAAAAGAACAAGAAACAGAAAUAAAAGAAGAAACUGAGAGACAAGAAGAAGAAACAGAGACAAAAGAAGAAGAAACAGAAAGGAAAGAAGAAGCAGAGAGACAACAAGAAGAAACAGAAAAAGAGAAAGAAGAAGAAACAGAAACAAAAGAAGAAGAAACAGACACUGCAGCGAGCAGAGCAGCAACAGUAGAACAAGAAGAAGAAAAAGAAAAAGAAGAAAAAGAAGAAAAUGUAACAACAGAAGGAGAAGAAGAAGUAAAAGAACAAGAAAGAGAGAGACAAGAAGAAGAAAGAGAGAGACAAGAAGAAGAAAGAGAGAGACAACAAGAAGAAACAGAGACUAAAGAAGAAGAAACAGAAAGGAAAGAAGAAGCAGAGAGACAACAAGAAGAAACAGAAAAAGAGAAAGAAGAAGAAACAGAAACAAAAGAAGAAGAAGAAACAGAAACUGCAGCGAGCAGAGCAGCAGCAGUAGAACAAGAAGAAGAAAAAGAAAAAGAAGAAAAAGAAGAAAAUGUAACAACAGAAGGAGAAGAAGCAAAGGAAGAAGAAAAAGAAGAAACAAAAGAAGAAGAAACACCAAAAGAAGAAGAAGAGAAACAAGAAGAAAUAGCAGAAAAACAAGAAGAAAAAGAAGAAACAACAGAACAACCACAAACAGAAGAAGUAAAAGCAGAAGAAGAAACAGAAACAAAGAAAGAAGAAGAACAGAAAGAAGAACAACAAGAAGAAACAGAAAAAGAAGAAACAGAAACAACAAAAGUAAAAGAAGAAGAAGAAACAGAAGCAAAGAAAGAAGAAGAACAGAAAGAAGAACAACAAGAAGAAACAGAAAAAGAAGAAACAGAAACAACAGGAGAAAAAGAACAACAACCAGAAACAGAAGCAGAAACAGAAGCAGAAGCAGAGAAAGACGAAGAAACACAAGAAGGAGGAGAAACAGAAACAGAACAAUAA